UCUAAAGAAAAUUGUUUGAUGGACAGAGAACUGGUCGGAGUGGGGGAAGGGAGGGAUUGAGGAUAGCAGGUAUGUAGGAGGAGACCAGUGGAGACAGGACAUUACAAAGCAAACAUGCAUUUCAGCUCAAUAUUCUGUGUACAACAGGGUGUGCAAAAGUUUAACAUGAAAGGAGGAAAUUGAAGCUGCUUGAAAGAAAAAAGAUUGUGAACUGGAGAAGAGGAAAGAGGCAAGAAUAUCUGCAGCACAGAGGAACGUUUGUAAAAGCAGAGAAGGGGCAACCGAGCGAAAUAUAAUCUUUCCACAACAAAAAGAUGGAAUACAAAGUGACGGUGGCCACAGGAACCUCAGAAUAUUCAGGAACCAAUAACUAUAUCUUUGUGACUCUGGUUGGUGAGAAAGGAGAGAGUGAGAGAACAAUGCUGGACAAUCCAGGCUUGGACUUCUGUAGAGGGGCGGUGGAUGAUUACAUAGUCAGAUGUGCAGCUGAUUUGGGUCGCCUGAUACUGGUGCGACUGGAGAAGAAAAAGUACUGGGUGGAGGAUAACUGGUUCUGCAAUUAUGUGAAAGUCAGUGUACCUGGUGAAAUAUCCAGCCAUACUUUCCCUUGUUACCGCUGGCUAGUUGGAGAUGGAGUGAUGGUAGAGCUAAGAGAAGGCACAGCUAAAAAGCUCAGUGAGGACUCCUUGCCACAGGAGAUAGCUCACAGAAAGGCUGAGCUUCAGGAGAGGCAGAAAACAUACAGAUGGCUUACAUGGGCUCCUGGCAUUCCAAAAUGCAUUGACUGCAAGACAGAGGCAGACCUCCCCCAGGAUGUCCGCUUCGACAACGAGAAGCGCAGUGACUUUGUGAGAUCCCUGCACAUUGCACUUUUGGAGCUCUCACUGAAAAAAUUGGCAAUAAAGUUUGGAAAGUCCUGGGAUGACCUGGACGACUUCAAAAGGAUCUUCUGGAAGUUAAGAAGCCCUUUAGCUGAAUACACCAUGGAGCACUGGAGAGAAGAUGGAUUUUUUGGUUACCAACUCCUCAAUGGCUCAAAUCCACGGAUGAUUAAGAGGUGCAGAGCGCUGCCUUCUAACUUCCCUGUCUCUGGAGACAUGGUGCAGUCCUCUCUGAUUCCUACAACCACUCUGAAGGAGGAACUCAAGAAAGGAAAUAUAUUCCUGGUUGAUCAUGCUAUAGUGGAUGGGAUUCCUGCUAAUGUAAUCAGAGACCAGAAGCAGCACAUAGCUGCCCCACUCUGCUUGCUGUAUGAGCACCCUGAAAAAGGCCUCAUUCCUAUUGCCAUACAGCUUGAACAGAAACCUGAUAAGGACACACCCAUAUUCCUUCCUAGCGAUCCACCUCUGGCCUGGUUAUUGGCUAAGAUAUGGGUUCGUCAUGCUGAGUUCCAGGUUUUUCAAGUGUUAUCACAUCUGCUACGUACUCACUUGGUGGUUGAAGUGAUCUGUGUGGCCACACUGCGACACCUACCUGCUGUUCACCCUAUAUAUAAGCUGUUGACUCCUCACCUGAGGUUUACACUUGAGAUUAACAUUCGUGGCAGAACACAGCUCAUCUCACCAGAUGGCAUCUUCAAAAGGGUGGUAUCAACAGGUGGAGAAGGACUGUUGAUUCUGGCACAGAGGGAGUAUGAAGUACUGACCUAUCGCUCCCUUCAGCCUAAAUUAGACUUCUUGGACAGAGGAGUUACUAAACUGAGAGGCUAUUUCUACAGGAACCAUGCCAUGAUGCUGUGGGAUGUGAUUCAAAACUUUGUUUCAGGAAUAGUUUCCCUGUACUACAAGAGUGAUAGAGAAGUGGAAAAGGAUGCAGAACUUCAGGCGUGGAUUAAAGAUGUGGCUAUGGAGGGCUUUGUAGAUGUGCCUCAUUUUGGUCUAGCCAGUGAGCUGAAGAGCAAAGAUGAGUUAAUCACCCUGUUGAAUGUGGUGAUCUUCACCAGUACAGCACAACAUGCUGCCACCAACAACGGACAGUUUGAUUGGUGUGCAUGGGUACCCAAUACUCCCUGUACCAUGCGGCAGCCCCCACCAAGAGACAAGGAUGCUGUUACAAUGGGCUUAAUUAUGGACACACUCCCUGAUAUAAGCCAGUCCUGUGUUCAGAUGGCCAUCACAUGGCAUUUGGGUCGGGCACAACCAGAUGCAAUCCCAAUGGGGCAGUAUGUGGAACAGUACUUCACUGAGCCUGCUGCUUUGAAGGUGAUUGACACAUUCAGAAAGGAACUGCAAGUCUUGGAGGAGCACAUUAUGGCUCAGAACGAGGGACUAGAACUACAGUACCUUUAUCUGUGUCCAAGCCGCAUAGAAAAUAGCAUCACCAUUUAGAGAAAAAUCUCUAAUUCUGUUCUGUAUAAUUAGAAUUAAUUGGCAUACUCUUGGCUCAUAAUGUAUGAUUACAAAAAUCCAGUGAGGUGAAUUAAUACAGAAGAAAUCCUUGUUGCUGCUUUUCCAUAUAUACUACAUUGCAUUUCCCCUGAACAAAUUCAAUACUCUGUUAAAAAUUAAUCUGGGGUGAAUGAUCAUACUAGCAGGCUCACUGAGUGAGUUUUCUUUUUGCAAAUGUCACGAGGAAAAUAGGCAGUUGAGGAGGUUUGAAAGGCCUAUGGUUCUAAUUUGAUAAUCUUCUGAGCAGCAGAUUAAAACAUUUGAAUAAAACCAAUGCCUUGCCUAGACAUAGCUGACACAAGAGCUUUAUUAGGAGAAUUGUGGCAG